AUGCCCAGGCUAUUCCAAAGUUUGUGCAUUGUUAUUUCUAUAUGUAUAAUCACUUAUGGUUACAUUGUGAACAAAGAACUUCUCGUUAACUUUGGCUUUGCAUUAUUGGGCGUUGUGCUGGCAUCUAUUUUUCGUUGUUUGUGCAACUUUCUUGAAGAGCUCUUUCAGGUAAUUAAAAGUCGAAACGACUACAACAUAUCUGAGUUGUUUACAAAUUCGUUUAGUGGAAUCCAGUGGAAGCCAGUCAUUCCUGUUGUCAUCAUCGCUGCGAUACCAUGUGCAUUGGCAAAAAAUUCUUCAUUUAAUCUAGAAGACGCAAUUUUAAUCUUAAGCGGCAUCGGUGUGGUCCCACUGAUAGCAUACUUGCUUAAACUAAACGCACAAUCCGAUCCGGCUUACACCCUUGCGUUUAACUAUAAUAUAACGUAUCUUGAAAAAGCUUUGCCAAUAUUCAGCACAAGUUUCUGCGAUGGUGAAAAAUUGAUACUACUUUUUUGGAUCAAUUAUAACAAGGGAACACCGUUGAGUGUUGUGGACAGUAAUAUUACCAAAAUAACUGAUAAUGAUGGACACAAUGGAUACUUUACAGUUUAUAAAUUAAAGUACCAUGGAAUUGAAUACAGGCGUGUUAUACAUUUUGCCGAGGAACCCUUGGAAACCUUGAAGAGGAUGUGUGGGCACAGUAAAGAACUUCGUGCCGAUCAACUCGAUCACCAAGUUCAGUCGCUUCACAAACAUUUAUCUAAAAUUCUCACUAAAGAUCAGUGCUUUGGAAACAAAUGUAUUCCCAUAUUAAUAAGUAAAUACAAAAGUUUAGAGAAUGGUGGACUUGUUGAACAAAUAAUGUCCGCGUCUCUCCCUCCCCUUGUGUCGCCCUCUCCACAUUUAUCUCCGAGUCAUCGAGAAAACAGUUCAGUACUUCGAAUCGAUGAAGACGUCUCGAACCCCGUCUCUGUUUCGCCCUCUCCACAUUUAUCUCCGAGUCAUCCAGAAAACAGUCCAGCACUUCGAAUCGAUGAAGACGUCUCGAUCCCCGUCUCUGUUUCGCCCUCUCCACAUGUCUCUCCCAGUCAUGAAGAAAGCAGUUCACCACCUCGAAAUGAUGAAGACGCUGAAUCGGAAAGGAACGGCAGGUAAGUUCGUAUGUGUUUGGCAGGAUAAGCGCCCUGUUUCUAAUGAUCCAGCUGACAGGAUUAAGUUUAGAAAUUAUGUAAAACAAAACAUCUUUUUGUUGGCAAACAAACAGGCAAAAAGGAAUGGCAUAGAAGUUACUUGCCCACCAUUGCAGUAUGUAAUAAAUUUAUAUAAAUUUAUAAAUUGACGUAUAAUUAAAAACUUAAUAUUUUUUAUUUUUAGCAGAACAGAGCAAUCUCACACUAUGGAAGUUACAGGGGAGAGCAAAAGUGUCCGUGUUGCAGUACAUCUAACUGGAAGUCGCGAAGAUGUUAAACCGCAGUUAAGGAAACGCAAGUAAGUUCGUAUGUGUUUGGCAAGAUAAGCGCCCUGUUUCUAAUGAUCCAGUUGAGAGGCUUAAGUUUAGAAAUUAUAUAAAACAAAACAUCUUUUCGUUGGAAAACAAACAGGCAAAAGGGUAUGACAGAAGUUACUUGCCCACCAUUGUGUAACAUAGGGAGUGAAUAGCAACAGCAAAUGGUAGUUAUAAAUUUAUACUGAUGAUAAAAUUGUUGGUAUAAAUUUAUAUUUAUUUAUAAAUUGACGUAAAAUUAAAAACUUAAUAAUUUUUUUAGUUUUAUAUUUUGGUUUAUGCCAGUGGCGAAUAGUUUGCAAAAGAUGCAGGGCGGGGGGAUUUGGAUAUCCUACCCACUUGUUGCUCAUGGCUCAAACUUAAUAACAAUUUGGGCCUAGCUAUUUUAAAGGAUAUCAGGCUUUCAUGUAUCAUAUUGCAAAAAGACGUUGUUGCGACUUCUAGUUCUUUGUUAGUCACCUGUCUGUCAAUGACGUUACAACCGCUAUUGGUUUAUGCACUUGUUAAUAAAUAAAUAUUAAAUAAGUUUGUAAAGUUUCGUAUGUAAUGUUUCUGUUAAAUCGUAGUACUUUUCACAGGAUGUAUACAAAACAUGAACCGCGGGUCCAUGGACCUGGUUGCUUUACAGAACAUACAAAUGUAUUGCCAUAUUAAUGAGUGCAGCCUAAAGUUUAGGGAAUGGUGCACUUGUUAAACUAAUAAUGUAUUACGUCGUGUUUGGCAGGAUAAGGGCCUUGUUUUUAAUUAUCCAGUUGAGAGAAUGAAGAUAAUAAAUAAAAAGUUUGUUUAGUUUCACAUGUAAUGUUUCUGCUAAAUCGUAGUACUAUAUCCACAGGCCUGUGAAGACAGACCGCAACGAAAACUUGAACAUUGGAUGG